AUGCAAGCAGCCACCACUGGCCUUAGAGGGCCUUCGCCUUCGGAUUCCAAACAAACCACCGUAGCGUCUGUCACGAAACAAGCAGCGCAAGCAACCAUGGAGAAACAGACGACAGCAGAUAAGCCCGUGGGCACGGCGGCGACGACCACGACCAAGUCCAAGCAACAAACAAUACACUAUCCCUUCUGGUUCGGAGGAAGCGCCAGCAGCAUGGCUGCCACCGUCACACAUCCUCUCGAUCUCGUCAAAGUCCGCCUCCAAAUGCGCACCGGCGACGCCCCCAAAUCCAUGUCCGGCACCGUCCUCCAUAUCGUGCGCAACCACGGCAUCACCGGUCUCUACAACGGCCUCUCGGCCUCUCUGCUGCGGCAAAUCACCUACAGCACCACCCGCUUCGGCAUCUACGAAGAACUCAAAUCCCGCUUCACCACUAAAGACCACCCCGCCUCCUUCCCGCUGCUAAUCGCCAUGGCGACCGUCUCGGGCGUAGCUGGCGGUCUGGUGGGCAACGUGGCCGACGUGCUGAACGUGCGCAUGCAGCACGACGCGGCCUUGCCGCCCUCGCAACGACGGAACUACGCGCACGCCAUGGACGGGCUUGCGAGGAUGACGCGCGAGGAAGGGUUCCGCAGCUGGUUCAGGGGCGUGUGGCCGAACAGCGCCAGGGCGGCGGCCAUGACGGCCAGCCAGCUGGCUAGUUACGAUGUGUUUAAGCGGAUCUUGAUCAAGCAUACCCCCCUUGGGGAUGACUUGGCGACGCAUUUCAGCGCGAGUUUCCUGGCGGGCGUGGCGGCGGCGACGGUGACGAGCCCAAUUGAUGUCAUCAAGACGCGGGUGAUGAGCGCGAGCGGGAAGAGCAGCAUCGCGCAUGUGCUGGGGGAUUUGUAUAAGCAGGAAGGGGUGAAGUGGAUGUUCAAGGGGUGGGUGCCGAGCUUUUUGAGGUUGGGGCCACAAACGAUUUGCACUUUCAUCUUCUUGGAGGGACAUCGGAAGAUGUACAAAAAGGUCAAGGGCAUUGAGGAAUGA